AUGAUUCAGGACCCGGUGAAGCACAGCCGUCAGCAGAAGACUCCUGGUCCUCCUUACUCCCUCCGUCGGGGCUCCCGUCUUAGCGUCUCAGCCCCAUUCCCCGAAAACAGACCUGAGGCAACGCUGCAUGCGCCCGCAGUUUAUAUGGGAAAUGAUCCCGGUGUGCGCGUGAGGAGCAAGGGGGGCAGACAGCUUCUAGCUAGCACCCCGGGCGCUGAGGUGCCCCGGGACUCGAGCCCGUGGGCCUUGAGCACAACCUUACAACGUCACCCAGUGCUGAUCACCCAAAGGGAAGAAGAGGGAAGCGUUGGUUACCCGGCUUCCAGCCCUGUCAGCAAGCGUGUCCUCCUGAUUUCUUUGUAUAUUCGUUGUAACGAGACUGGUACCUGCUCCCCACAUCCGGCCUUCAUGGCCGCCUUCUGGUCUGCUGCCGUCGAGAACCAGAAUGUUGUUAUGCAAAAUGGCGCCUAUCUGCAUGGUGUUCCAGAUCACGCCAAGGUCACGAUGAGCUCACUCAGGUGCGAGUUUGCCGUCUCUCUGUUCCAGCAGCUCAGAAAGUCAGAGGAAGGGAAUAUCUCCUUUUCCUCCCUCAGUAUCGCAUCAGCCUUAGCCAUGUUCUGCUUAGGAGCCCAAGAAAAAACUUCAUCAGAAAUCCAGGAGGCCCUUUACCUUAAGGAAAAUGAAAGAGCCAAGGUUGGAAAUUUGGAAUAUGUACAUCAUCGCUUUCAAAAAUUUCUGACUAAAAUAAGUCAGACCACAGAUGCCUAUACACUAAAGAUCGCCAACAAGCUUUAUGGAGAUAAGAAGUUCCAGUUUCAUCAGGAAUUCUUGGAAAACCUUAAGAAAUUUUACCAAGGCAGCUUGGAACCUGCUGACUUUACAAAUGCUGCAGAAGAAAGUCAAAAGGCAAUUAAUUCCUGGAUGGGAAGCCAGAUGCACGGCAAGACGAUUCUUCCUAAGGGGUCUCUUAAAAACACCACGCUCCUGGUUCUGGUGGACACAGCCUAUUUCACCGGAGAAUGGGACAAGAAAUUUGAUGGGAAAAUGACUGAGCAGAGUGAAUUCUGGCUGACCAAGGAUAAGAGCAAACCUGUGCAGAUGAUGAAACAAACCAACUCCUUUGAUUUCUGCUCGCUGGAAGACUUGCAAAUGAAGAUCCUGGAAAUCCCAUACAAAGACAAAGAGCUAAGCCUGGUGUUGCUGCUGCCCAAUGAAGUAGAUGGUCUGAAAAAGCUGGAGGAUAAACUCACCCCUGAGAAGCUGAUGGAGUGGACGAGCCUCCAGAACAUGAGCCAGAGGCGGGUGACCGUGCACUUACCUCGCUUGCAGAUGGAGGGGUUCUAUGACCUCAAGACCGCGCUCAUGGCCCUGGGCGUGGUGAGCGCCUUCAGCGCGCACAGCGCCAACCUGGCCCGCAUGACAGGGGGCGAAGGCCUCGUCCUGUCCAACGUCCUGCAUCAGUGCUGUCUGGAGGUGGCAGAGGGCAAGGAAACCGCAGCCGCCAGCCGCGCCGAAGAAGGCACCACAGCAGCGCCGGCCCCCGAAAGCUUCCGCUGCGAUCACCCCUUCCUGUUCUUCAUCAAGCACAUUGAGCUCGACAGCGUCUUCUUCUUCGGCAGAGUCUCUUCCCCUUAG